UAAUCUGCAAAGUGGUGAUAAUUCGUUUUGGGCUGACAUAGCUCUGGUGUUUGUUUGUUUUUUCAGAUGUUGUCGCUUGGAUAAGUGGGACAGAACACGAGGGCAUCGUUCAUUUAAGAGGUAGCCUAAUGAGUGAUGUGGUAUUGAGAAGUCUUUGAACAGUUUGCUAUCUGCGGUCACUUCUUAUGCAGCAGAGCGAAAGAGAGAAAGAGGGAAGCAUUGAAGCUACUCUCUCUUUCAGCUUCGGAUAACCAUCGCUUUGUAUGCUGUAAAUGAUUCAUAUUUUUUUUUCGCAACCGAUCAUCUAUUUCGGUCCAAGUUUGGAGGGUGCAGAAACCACAUUGCGGAUGCAUCGAUUGCAAUCGAAAGGAUCCCUAUUCCCCAAACGGUUUGAAGGAUGAAACUACGUGCUGUGAAUUCAGAGUAAGACCUCAACUAAUUUUGGCUCGUUCUUUUUGGACCUAUCUGUAUGAUUGACUAUCCUACAAACCUGAAAUGGGACAAUAUAUAAUCGAAUAUAUAAUUUGACAAUAAUUUUGUCUGCUUGUUCGGGGCACUGAUUCCGAGCCUAAAAAGGAUACCCGUGCCUAUAUAUAAGUGUUAAACUAACACCGCGUCAAUUAGACGACAUCCCUUCACAGUUUCCCUAUUGGCAUGCUGUAGGGUCUUUUCCCCCACAUGGAAUCAUGGCUUCGAUGUAUCAGAGGUUCACGGGCAAGAUCAACACCAAUAGAUCUUUCCCCAACCCACCUGAAGCUAGCCACCUACUCGGCGGGCAAACAGUUGAAGACGAGAAUACCGUGAAGAUCCCGCGCCCCUGUCAAGACGUACGGCCCCGUUUCCAAUGCCAACAACAGCGGAGCGCAUGUGGGGACGAAGAAGAGGAUGAGCUGGUGGGGAGUAACCCUCCUCAGAGGAACUGGAAGGGAAUUGCGAUUGCCCUGUUGGUCAUUCUGGUCAUCUGCUCCCUGAUCGUCACCUCUGUCAUCCUGCUGACACCAGGCGAGGAUGACAGCUUGGCCCUCAAGGGGAAACUGACCGUGGGGGACAUCUUCAGGAAGAACUUCAAGGUUCACGACCCUGAGGCCAAGUGGAUCAACAGUAAUGAGCUACUCUAUCGCACACGUGAGGGGGAUGUUGUCAGGUUCAACAUGGAGACAUACGAGAGGACGGUAUUGGUGCACAACAAAAAGUUUGAAAUGUACAAAGCCAGCAAGUAUGAAGUGUCUCCUGACAUGAAGCAUGUGCUACUCGCCUACAACAUGGCACCAGUGUACCAGCACUCGUUCACUGCCUUCUACAUCAUCUGCAGCCUGGAGACUCCGGAGACAUGGAACCUGAACCCUCCAGAGGUGCGGAACGCACAACUGCAGUAUGCAGGCUGGGGACCCACGGGCCAGCAGCUGAUUUUCAUUUUUGAGAAUAACAUCUACUACCGUUCGACGGUGGAGAGCCGAUCGAUCCGCCUAGUCUCCACCGGCAAGGAGGGAGUCAUCUUCAAUGGGCUCAGCGAUUGGCUGUAUGAAGAGGAGAUCUUCCAGACCCAUAUUGCCCACUGGUGGUCUCUGGACGGUGCCCGGCUGGCAUAUGCCACCAUCAACGACACCAUGGUGCCCAAGAUGGAGAUCCCCAUGUUCACAGGAACUACUUACCCUACUGGGAGGGAGUACCACUACCCUAAGGCUGGGGAGGAGAACCCAGUCAUCUCUCUGUAUGUGGUAAACCUGAAUGGGCCCCUGCACACCAUGGAGAUGAGGAGGCCUGAGGACCAGAGGAUGGGAGAGUACUAUGUCACCAUGGUGAAAUGGGCGACUACCACCAAACUGGCAGUGAACUGGUUAAACAGAGCCCAGAACAUAUCCAUGCUGACUCUGUGUCAGGCCACCACUGGCGUCUGCACCAAGAAACACGAGGACGAGAGCGAAAGUUGGCUACACAGGCAGAAUGAGGAGCCGCUGUUCUCCAAAGAUGGUCUGAAGUUGUUCUUCACCAGAGCCAUCCCACAGGGAGGCAGGGGCAAGUUCUUCCACAUCUCCAUGUCCAUCACACAGCCCAACACCAGCACAGACACGCUGCAGUCAAUCACGUCUGGAGACUGGGAUGUCACCCAGGUCCUAGCCUACAACGAGGACAGCCAGCUAAUAUACUUCUUGAGUACUGAGGAUGAUCCAAAGCGAAGGCACCUCUACAGUGCGGACACGGUGGGUCCCUUCAACAGACGCUGUCUCUCCUGUGACUUCUACGAAAGCUGUGGCUACGUCACAGGCUCCUUCAGCCACAACAUGAGCCUCUUCCUCCUCAGCUGCAAAGGCCCUGAUGUCCCAUUUGUAGCCGUGUACAGCACACAGGACAGACAGAAGGUGUUUGACCUGGAGACCAAUGAGAAUCUGAGGAUUAGGCUGGACUCCAUGCAGAUGCCCCACGUGGAAUACAAGGAGAUCACCAUGGAGGAUUACACACUAACGAUGCAGAUCCUCAAACCUGCCAGCUUUGUGGACUCAUCUCACUAUCCUCUGCUCCUCCUCGUUGACAGCACCCCCGGUGGUCAGAUGGUAUCAGAGCUGUUCCAAAUGGACUGGGCCACGGUGUUGGUGAGCAGCUUCGGGGCCAUGGUGGUACGCUUCGACGGGCGGGGCAGCGGCUUCCAGGGGACUAACCUGCUGCACCGCGUCCAGAGGAAGCUGGGCGUGUUCGAGGAGAGGGACCAGCUGGAGGCCCUCAGUAUAAUAUCUAAAGAGCCCUACGUUGACAAGACCAGGAUUGGAGCUUUCGGCAAAGUUUAUGGAGGCUAUGUGACCAGCCUGUUACUCAGCGCCGAGGAUUCCCCGGUGAAAUGUGGUGUAGCCCUCUCACCCAUCACGGACUUUGACCUAUACGCAUCAGCUUUUUCAGAGAGAUACCUGGGAAUGCCCAAGCCUGACCCAAGAGCAUAUGCGAUGGCAAAUCUAGCACACAGGGCAUCACAGUUCCUAGACAAGAAGAUUCUGAUUGUUCAUCCAACAGCAGAUGAAAAAGUACAUUUCCAGCACACAGCUAAAUUCAUCUCCCAGCUGAUCAAUGAAAAAGCAAACUACACUCUACAGAUCUACCCAGACGAGGGCCAUUUCAUCCACAGCGAGGCCACGCAGCAGCACCUCAGCCAGUCGCUGGUCAACUUCUUUGAGGAGUGUUUCCGGCUACCGGACAAGGUGUUCGAGGAGAGACAGGAGGAGGAGAUUGAGGAAGAGGGUUAGCCCAGACAAAACCAACACCCCAAAACAGAGCUCCAGUCUACGCCUAAGCACAAUUCCAGCCCCCAUACUUGGUUUCACAAUCCAUAUAAUAUGCAACCUUCUCUUGGUUUCAACCCUCUUUAGUUCUUUUUUUCCAAUUUUCACCUUCUGUGUUCCCCCUGCUUUUCCACAUGAUCAACCCUGAGACUGCCACGUUGCAGAUCAACCCUGAGACUGCCGCGUUGCAGAUCAACCCUGAGGCUGCCGCGUUGCAGAUCAACCCUGAGACUGCCGCGUUGCAGACGCUUGCUUAUCUCCUCAUCCUCAGUUUUUCUCCUCCUCUCCCUCACCUUUUGAUUCAGCACGACUCCACAAGAGACUAUCGGCAGCCAUUGUUUUGACAUCGACACAAUGAAUACAUUACGAUGAAGGACCACUAGCUGAUGUCAUAUCUGGAACGUGUUGAAAAGACGGUUGUGCCAGGAAUAGGCAUUCUCUGGUCAUUUUAUGUUUAAAAGGACAAGCUCCUUGGAUUCCAAACAACUGGUGGGAGGGAAGGAACAUCAAAAUCCACACACAAACUUUACCCGUCAGUGAGGGUAGACUCUAUAGCACAAACUUUACCCGUCAGUGAGGAGGGGAGACUUAAUAGCACAAACUUGUGGUCGAAGAUACAGACUCCACAUGGUAUCUGACGGGUCAAACUGGCUCCAGCCCAGUGUCUGGGGUGUGGGUGUCUGUGGAGAAGGGAAUGCUCCUAUUUUGAAAAUCGUGAAGAGACCUUUUCAUGUCGGACUGUGCUUGUGUCUGUUGUCCCUUUGUCAAGUAGCACAUUAAACAUUCCCUUCUUUGGACAUCGAUACUUUGUUUUUUCAGUGUUCAAGUUUAUCUUGGAAUCUUCUUGUAGCCUCAAGUAUGUAUUUAAAUGGUGUAGUCUUCAUUUUUCCAUGUCAUAAAAAGGAUGUGAACCGAAUCAGGUUUGUUCUUGAUUCACUUUGUCUUGGUUUUGUUGCAAAUCGUUCUCCUCCAGUCAUUUGAAAUUCGAAGCAAAAUAUAUUUUAGUCACUGUGCCUUACUUUGGGAGCAAGCGGUCCUUUUUAUGGACUCCUUUUGUGAAAACAAAAUACAACAUGGAUCAUUGUAAAGAAAUGUUCUGUUGACCAUGGCACCAACUAAUGAUGGUUAAACCUUCACUCUGAACUUUGAACACUUUGUAAUGUUGUCAUAGAGUACGUAUGGAAUUAUGUCAAGUAAGAAAUGGUCUUCUCUAGUUCCAAAUAUAACCAAUUUCCAAAAUGGUUGUAAACAGUAGUAGUUGCAUGUAUCCUUACAUUAUUUUACAGAUGUUGAAAUGGUAAUGAAAUUGUUUGUCUGGCUAACGACCACAUAAAAUGGUUAUCUUUUAGUAAAUGUUGUGGCAUUCCAACCCCUCUCAGUAUUACAAUUCAAACCCAUGGGUGGGUUUGAGGUGCCACUUUAAAAUUGGUGGUGUUGUAUGGCCAAAAGUAGUAGUAGUAGUACAUUUGUGUAUAUAAGGUCAUUAAUAGCUUAGAAUCAUUAUCACAAUCUUUACACUAUGAAAUACAAAGGAAUUCUAAAAAUGUGAAUUCUUGAGGCAGGAGUCUGCAUUUUUAAUUUGUCAUUUUAUCUGAAUGCUCAUUCCUGUUACUUUGUCAAUGCAUGUUAUCAAGUUAUUUGCAACUCAAUGCGAUCUUCGAUAGCUCCAUUUCAAAAUAGUAUUUUUGACAUCUUGAAUGUUCCAUACUGGCAUUACAUUUACAGUAGUAUCGUGAUUGAGAUCCCAGUCUCGUCAGCUUGAUGUGUAAAUGUUCCUCAAAUGUCAUUUUAGUCUCUUAAUAUCUGAGUGUUAUUUGUGCAUAAAUGCAUUUUGAAAGUUA